AUGCGUUUCCAGCCACUUAGCAUUCUGGCUAUCCCUGUCGUAGCUGUUGCUGCUUCGGCAAGCAACACUGGUCUACCAUCUCUCAAAGUACCAGAAUGCCCUCACUACGGCGUGGCCACUAUCAAUGAGUCCGAUCCGGACCGCACGCCUUUUCCACUUACUACAGCAUCGCUAUGCUACAACGCGACGUCCCUCCAAAUCAAAUUUGAGGCGUACAACGAAACAAACUACUACUUCAACGCCAGCCAGAUAACCAACGGUGAUAUCUGGGAAUACGAAGUAAUGGAAGCCUUCAUCUACCAUGGCACAAACGAUCCAACAACAUACCUCGAAUUUGAGGUCAACCCUAACAACGUCACUUAUCAAGCCGUUGUCUUCAACCCCUCCAAAGUCCGCGCCACAGGCGCUCCAUUCGAUCAUUUCUUUGUAUCUGAUCCGGCCACUGACGGGUUCUCGGCAUCAACAACUUUGAACAAGGAGGCGCAGACUUGGACUUCAACCGUGCAGAUUCCCCUAGCAUUGUUUGAUGUGGAUGUGCUCAAGGGGUCUUCGUGGCGUAUGAACUUUUUCCGUACAAUUACUUCGCCGGAUACCUAUCCCAACCAAACAUUGGGUGCUUGGAGCCCUACUAGCCAGGCCAGCUUCCAUAUGACCCCAUUCUUUGGUCAUGUGGUUUUUGUCUAA